AUGGGCAAAGGCACUGAUAAGCUUUACAUCACACAUUCGGAAUGGGCCUCCGACGAAGCAUAUUCAGCCAGCGCUGGCGCUGGCGUUGGCAGGGCUAGACUUGGCGCCGGCGGAGCGUCUUUCAGGCGCCUACCCUUCAAGUUCUGCUCGCUCUCGCUGCAACCGUUCGAGCAUCCCGUCUGUACGCAAUCCGGCACGAUUUUCGACCUCACAAAUAUCCUACCCUGGAUCAAGAAGCACGGGACGAAUCCCGUUGACGGAACGCCGCUCAAGGGCUCGGAUCUGAUUAAGUUGACGAUCGCGAAGAACGACGCCGGCGAAUAUAUUGACCCCGUCACGUAUAAGGUUCUUACGGAUAACACCCAUGUUGUCGCGUUGCGGAAUUCCGGGAAUGUGUUUGCGUGGGAUACGGUUGAGCGGCUGAAUAUUAAGGGGAAGAUGUGGCGGGAUCUUGUGACGGAUGAGGAAUUUAGCCGGAAGGAUAUAAUCACAUUGCAGGAUCCGCAGAAUAUUGAGUCUCGGAACUUGAGCUCGUUCAGCUAUAUCAAGGAAGGAGAGAGCGGGUUGUCUGAUGAACAAUUACGAGAGAGGGAAGAUCCGGCUCGGAAUGUGAAUGCGAAUGCGCUGGGAAGCUCUGCGAAGAUCUUAAAGGCGAGGGAGGCAGUGGCUAAGGCUCGGCAAGAAAGAGCCCAGCGCACUGGGACUACAGCUGCGAGUGCGGCGUUGGCGAAAACCGAUGCCCCUGCAAAGUCGUUACAGAAGACCGCAUCCAACCAGGGUGGGAAGCCUGUACCCUACAAUGCCGCAAGAUAUACGACUGGACUGGCGGCUGCGUCGUUUACUAGCACAGGGAUGACGCCUCACACGUCGGCCGAACUAGCACUGCUGUCAGAUGAAGACUACAUGUUGAAGAGGGGUCGGGUGAAGCAGAAGGGCUACGCUCGGAUUUCAACUACGUCUGGCGACGUCAACCUGGAAUUACAAACGGAAUAUGCACCCAAGGCAGUUUGGAACUUUAUCAAAUUGGCGAAGAAGGGUUACUACAAGGACGUGGCUUUCCACCGCAAUAUCAAGGGGUUCAUGAUCCAGGGAGGUGACCCUACGGGGACUGGACGAGGCGGCGAGAGUGUUUGGGGAAAAUAUUUCAACGACGAGUUUGAGGGUCCUCUCAAACAUGAUUCCAGGGGGACACUCAGUAUGGCAAACAAGGGCAAGAACACGAACAGCAGUCAAUUCUUCAUCGCCUACCGUGCUCUGCCUCAUUUGAACCUCAAGCACACGAUUUUCGGCCAUGUGAUUGAUGACCCAACGCCUUCAUCACCAACACUCAACAAACUCGAGACUCAUCCUGUUAAUGCGACAACUAACAAGCCAACGCCCGACAUCCGUAUCAUCGACGUUACCGUUUUCGUGGAUCCAUUCGAAGAAUUCUUGAAACAGAAACAGACGGAACAAUUAGCAGAAAAGGGUGAAGGCAAGACCGCCGAAGACGAAGAACAAGAUAGCCGUCGCGCCGAUGACGAUCAGGUUACUUGGACCGGGAAGCGAGUGCGCGGGCGUGGAGCGGCCAAGGAUGAUGAUUCCGCUGGAGUCGGGAAGUAUCUCAAAGCAGCCCUGACUGAGAGGGCUGGUCAGGACGAGGAUGAGAUUGUGGAAUUUGUGGACGACGAGCCAGCACCAGAGCCGGCGCGGAAGAAGUUCAAAGGAGGCGGUGGAUUUGGUGAUUUCAGCUCCUGGGAUUAG